CCUGCUGCCGCAUUAAAGUCGGAUAGCGAACCAUGGGGAGCAAAGGAAAACGUUUAAUACUGAGAUGUUAGCGCAAUGACUUUUUAGUAACAUUCAACUGGGACGAGGCUCCCGGCAAGAGGAGGGCAGGGUGAUUUACAGGAAGAAACGACACCGACUGCCGGGGCUGGGUGAACGGGACAGCGAGAAAACUUGAAGGGUUGAGACGAGUCCAACAAUCAGCGGUGGAAAAUCCAGUUAGCUCCUAUUGAUUUGAAAGAUGAGCUUGCUGUCUGCCAUAGAUACGAGCGCCUCUGUGUACCAGCCUGCGCAGCUUCUCAACUGGGUCUAUCUGUCCCUCCAAGACCCCCACCAGACCAGCGCCUUUGACGCGUUCCGACCCGAAGCCAACUCUUCCCACCCGGACCUGGGCUUCAGCAAGACUCCCGCAGCGGCAGACCUGAGCUCUUCCCUGAACUCCAACUAUCUCAACAACUUUUUCCAGCUGCAGCGCAAUGAGGCCUUAAACAACAACGUGUAUAAGAAUGUAUCCCCCUAUGGCUCCCUGAACAACAUCGUGGAUGGACUCAACUCCCUUACGGACCAUUUCUCAGACCUUUCCCUUUCUUCAGAGCCUAGGAAACCCAACAAAAGACCCCCUCCCAACUACUUGUGCCAUCUCUGCUUCAACAAGGGUCAUUACAUCAAAGACUGCCCUCAGGCCAGACCCAAAGGGGAAGGACUGACACCCUACCAGGGGAAAAAAAGAUGCUUCGGCGAGUACAAGUGCCCCAAAUGUAAGAGGAAGUGGAUGAGUGGCAACUCCUGGGCCAACAUGGGACAAGAAUGCAUCAAAUGCCACAUCAAUGUCUAUCCACACAAACAGAGACCUUUAGAGAAGCCAGACGGCCUGGAUGUGUCUGACCAGAGUAAGGAGCACCCACAACACCUGUGUGAGAAAUGUAAAGUCCUGGGCUACUACUGCCGCCGCGUGCAAUAAUCAUCUCCACCCAGAGGGAAAGAACUUUGUUGUCAUAAGUCAUGUUGUCUGCCUGCUGAGAUGCAGGUCUUCCCUUCUUGUCCACUCUGUGCUUCAACAUGGUAGCUCUAAUUCUCUCGUUUCAUUUCAGAUACCUUCCUUCAAUAAGACCAGAAUCAUUCAUCUUACACGAAUUUUUUAAAACCAUAUAUUAGAAACUGCAUUACUCAAAGUGUAUAUUUAACUGCGGCAAAUUAAUGUAUUGUUGAAUUAGCACCAAGCAUGUAUCGUAUUGGUGUCACUAACGAUAUGUUUAGUGUAAAUUCCUCAUCUCUGGGUUUGUUUGCUUUGUGUUUACAGAGAUCUGCUUUCCUUUUUCCUGCCAAAUGAAGUAUGCGAUGUGACAAAUAUUUUAGUCAGGAGGCUUCUAGCAAUGUUAAAAUGUAAAAGAAGGCCUUCAACGUCCGUUUUAUGGGUCAGCAGCACAUCUUACUAACUGUGAAUUAACUGAGGGAUAAAGUGCCAUACAUCCCGAGCUUACAUUUCACAUAUUUAUUUCCUUUUCGUCUAGUGUGCAAUUUGAAUUUUAACUGGGACAUAUAGCAUAUUUUUUUCUGUUUGUGUAUCACAUUGUGUUACUGCAUCCGUGUUUAUUUAGGAACUACUGUAGGUUCAGUCGUAUAGAGUUGCUCCUAAGAUGCAUUUGUUUGCAAAAUGUUGACAGAAGCGGUUUCCCUAAACUGCUCUGGAGUAUUUUCUUAGCUUCCAAGAUAUGUGUUCAGCAGAAGCAUGUUGGACAGAUUACUGUAACUUCAAAUCAAAAGAAGGGUCAAUCUAUAGGACAAGUUUCAGUCUGAACAAGGUCUUCCCAAAGUCAAACAAAGUUUUUUUAUAGCAAUGAGGUUCUUGUAAUAAUUUGAAUAACAUUAAUAUAAAAGUAUAUAUAUAUAUAUAUUAAUAUACACACACAAACACUGCUGCAUCCGGAAGGUAUUCACAGCUAUAAUUAAUCUCUUUCCACACAAUUUUGUGUGUAGAAUUCUGCAGAAUAGGGAAGUCGUACAGGAAGGUUAAGUGGUAUGGUUCAGGAUUUUUGAAAAGCGGUACUGUUAAAAGGUUAUGAGCAAUAAAUAUCUUGCCCGAUCUCAUCUAAGCUCAUCUAGCUAACCGCUAGUCUGAAAGUGGACAGGCAGUGUGUGCAAAAAACAGUUUUAUAAACCUUUAAGCUGUUGCCAUGUUUGUUUUGGUGGUUAUUUAUACAAAAAUUUAUAAUUAUUCACACAAGAAAUGGAGGUAGGAGGUGGUGCACCACCAAUGAUCUUCUCGUGUGAAAUACAUUACUGAAAAUAGCAUAUAAGGGUUUUCUGGCCAGAGUACCUAAGUGUUAAAAAAUGUAAAGCACUGUAAAAAUAAAGAUAUUAAAGUGGUUUAAAUUAAUGCAAUUUUAUAGAUUUUAUACUGCCUUACUUUUCUAUCAGGUGAUUGCUUUUGGAAACAAUAUGUUCUAUUCUCUGCAUAUCCGACAGCUCUGACCUGCAUUUCCUUUUUUAAAUAAUAUCGUGUGUAAAAACAACCCAAUGCAAACAUUUCAAUGAUUUAAAGAUUCAUAAAGUUGUGUUUGCACAAACUUCAAGUUUUGGAUUUUGGAGCAGGGAUGAGCUGGUCCCUAAUAUCCCUUAUCUCAAGGUUUUAAACUGUUACAAUAUCAAAACCACAACACUCAUGUCAUUCUUAAAAAGUUCUUUUGUUGAGAUAUAGAAGAGAGUUCUGGAUUCACCAGUGUUUUCUUAGGCAGUGUGAAGCAAAGAGUAUCGUAACACUCCCCCUCCCUCACAUAUUUCUGUAGACUGUGUGGGUAUCUGAAGGAAGGUUAAGACACUUUUUCCUUGCUUACAAGAAAGACAAGUUGGGCAGACCAAUUCCCCAUCUAAUGCUAGCUUGUAAACCUCCUAGUUUUACUCUGAAGAGCAGAACAGCAGAAAAGGUUAAAAUAAAAAGGAUGAUAUGAACAGGACAAUUACUACAAAAUCUUGUAGUUGUUUUUUCAGAGUUUUGUUUAAGUUUAUGUAUUAAAAUAACAGUGAACAAAUGUUAAAUAUAACAUUAUUAUAAUAGUUAAUAGCAAUAUGUUUAUUUAUGCAACAAGAUUAUUUUAGCAGCAGUAAGAAUAAGUGCCAUUUUUCUGUCAUAAAAGUAAUUAGGCAUGUUAUAUGUUUUUGCUUUUUUUGUGUAAAUACCAUGGUGCCAUAGUAUUUUUACGCAAGCUUAUCAUACUGUGAGGAUCUGAUACUGAUACUGAUACUGAUACUGAUAAGGCCUAUGCCGUGUCUGGAAUGAUAGAUGCCCUCUUUGGUCUCUGCCUUUCUGUUGCAAGCUCUUAGCCUUAGUUCCAUGACCAACUAAUGUGGAUUUGUAUUGAAUAAAGACAGCAAAAAGGUUAUCUGCUGCUGGUAGGAUAUUAACUGCUUAUAACAUUUUAAUAGAACCUCACUUUAAAAAUUUUGAACCAUCCCUUUGAAGCUCAGAAUAACUGCAGCUGUAUUUUUUUAAGUGGAAGAAUUUGAAGUCGGGCCUGGAAGCGAAGCUGAUAAUUAUGUAUAUUGAAAGUGAUGCGAUACAGUAAUUUUUUGAAUGCCUUCUCUCAUAAAUGUGUAAUGUAAAAAGGAAUUUUUAAACUGUAGAUUUGAAGUAUUACAGUGGGCGUUUUACUCUAGUUUUAAAUGAUUGAAAUCUGCCUUAAAAGUAUUAUUUUCCAUAGGAGUUGUGACCCGUGAUAUGUACUGUAUUUCAAACCUUUUAAAAGCUGGUUAAAUAUAUUUUUAUACUGUAACAUGUAAGUGCCUUCAAAAGAUUUCAAGACUGAAGGGUAAGUGUGGUGGGCUCAGAGGUGGAGCUGUGUAUGUGCUAACUGUGAUGCUCAAGAGAGUCGGUUGUAGGUUCAAGAUGUGGCAAAGGAUGAGAAAAAGAUUAAAGCCCCUCUAUUAGCGGUUGAACUGGCAUGGCGGGUGUUCGCUUCGGAGCAGUUUGCUGGACUAGCUUUUCCAGCUGGCAAUAACAACCCCACUGUGGUCUGUUGUCAUGGAAUAUCAACAUAGAUGUUAUGUCUUCUUUCGAUCCACACAACAGAAUGAAAUGCUUACGAAACUUUGGACCUCACGCUUUGUUUUGUUUUCCCUUAUAAUUUGUUGUGGUUGUGUUUAUCCAAGAAGACAUUGGGUUUUGUCUAAAAAAAAAAACCAUACACAGUUGCUUGCAGUAUUCGGAGUUGUAUUGGUGCAUUGCCGUGUGUGGAAAAGUAACUAAAGGCCAACUGUUCAGUUAAAAGGGCACUCCAGAGAUUUAGUUCUGCAGGUCCACAAAGCUGAAAGGCUUAAUACUAAUUAACAAAAGCAAAUGUCUUACUCACUGUUAGUUAUUUGGAAUAAACUCAACAUCUCACUAAUAUGUUUUCCAUAUGGUCACAUAACAUAAUCCCUUAUAAACUACCCUGCCUGUUAAAAGAUGACAUCACACCUGGCAUUAACUUGUGUUUUUGGGAUGAUUAAAUCACAUAUGGUGAGUUCAAAGUACACCCACUCCUGCCUGGCAUUAGAAUGUGAUAUAUUCUGACUUCUUUGCUAUACACAAGUAAAAGCUUACAGGCUAUUUGUUUGCAAAGACCAGAUGUAUAUUUUUUACCAGCUAUUUGCCUUAGUGCACUUUUCAUUCCUCCUCUGCUCAUAAUGAAGUGCCUAUGGAAGUUGGCAGCUCAUUGUGGCACAGAACUAGUUGCUCAUUGAGUGCAAAAAUGCAUUUGGCCAUAUGUAGAUAUAUGGAUCUGACUGCAUUCCCACUACAUAUGUAAAUAUCACUUAUGAUUGGAUCUCCUGUGAGUGCCAGGUGGUCUCAAUGGU